UCUGUUCUCGUCGAGGCAACCAUUUGGGUAAAUGUCAGAACAAUCAUUAACUGCGAAAAAGCAAUUCUGGCAUUUCUGUGUAAUUUGUCAUCUAAGCAAAUUUCUACGAAAAAUUAAGUGAAUCGGCCAUGAACAGCUGCCCCCACUGCUCUGGUACUGGUUACCAGCCUAAACGCGCCAAGAGUGCUGUACGCAAGCGCCUGGAAUUUUACCUGAAUUGUUCAAAAUAUGUGGGCCCCAAUGAUGAAAUCAAUUCUGUGGAAGCCGAAGCAGAUUGCAACAAUAAACAGAUAGUCCAUCCAAAUGCCGACAGGCCUGCGUGCAUUUGUCAUCGUCCACAGCAUGGCUAUGAAUGUGACCGAUGUCAUCAAUUUUUCCAUGGACGUUUGGCUGAAAUUUGUCCACGACACAAAUCUGAAAUAUAUUUAAUGGACUUUCAGUGUUGCCCAUAUUGCGCGGCCCCAAACAGCAUGAUUCAAAUUGCCAAAUUUACUUCGAAGGAAAUCUGUAAAUUUGGAAAUGCUGAACUACCCGGCGGAGAUGAAGGCUUGUAGAAUUCUCCCUUGAAAUGUAAUACCUGUCUGUGCUACACCCAAAUUCAGUUUUCUCAUUCUGUGAUUUAUGCAAAAUGAUGCGAAAAGAAAUCGUAUAUAUGUAUAUAUUAUCCUUUUUUGAAGCUUCGAUACACUAGAAAUGUUUUUUCUAACAAUUUAAUUUCUUACUUGAUUUAUGUACACUUCUUUUGCUUAAAAGACUUGAAAGACUUAACUUUACAGGUGAAUAUAUUAAAUAGAUAACCAAAUUAUUUGUUGGUUGCGAAAUGAUCUCGUGUAAGCUUAGCAUGUAAUUUUCUCGUUAACAUUGUAAAAAAUUAGCAAUAUCGAUGGCUAAUAAAUUGUUCGCUAUAAUCUAA